AUGGAGAAGCUUCAUGAGAUACAAAUCCACCCUGACUUCUCAGACCACAAAGUGUUAAUCGAUAUGAUGGGAAUAGACCCUGAAGUUGUGAUGCACCAGCUUAGAGUUGACCUUGAACAUCCUCCAGUCAAGCAGAAGAGAAGAGAAGGAAAUGGUUCUAUGAAUGAAGUGCAAUAUCCUGAAUGGCUAGCAAAUGUUGUCGUUGUCAAAAAGAAGAAUGGGAAGUGGAGAGUACGCAUCAACUUCAUCGACCUGAACAAAGCCUGCCCUAAUGAUCCAUUCCCGCUGCCGCAUAUAGACGUGAUGGUAGACGCGAUUGUCGGACAUGAGCUUUUGAGCUUUAUGGACGCUUUCUAUGAGUACCAUCAAAUCCUCAUACAUCCAGAGGACCAAAAGAAGACAACAUUCAUUACAGAGAGGGGGAUUUACUGUUAUAAGGUGAUGCCCUUCGAGUUGAAGAAUGCUGGAGCCACCUAUCAAAGGUUGGUUAACAAAAUGUUCUCUAAAUACUUGGGGGACACCAUGGAGGUUUAUAUUGAUGAUAUGUUGUUAAAGGCUUAUCUCACUUCCCCUCAUUUACUAUCAAAACCAAAGACUGGGGAACAGUUGUACGUUUAUCUAGCUGUUUCAGGAGUAGCGACUCGGUACAACUUGCUUGAGAAGCUAGCUUUGGCUUUAGUGGUGGCAGCCAGGAAGCUAAGACCGUAUUUUCAGUGCCAUUCAAUCGUAGUUGUGACUAAUUUCCCUCUAAGGAGUAUUCUGCAUAAACCUGAACUUUCUGGGGGAAUGAUCAAGUGGGCAGUGGAGCUCAACGAGUACGAUAUUUCAUAUCAACCUAGAACAACAAUAAAGUCAUAUGACUUCCCCGCGACCAAUAAUGAAGCAGAGUAUGAAGCCUUGGUUAUCAGUCUAAUGCUUGCUAUGGAGCUGAGAGUGACAAAUUUGAAGGUAAAGGAAUUACAGUUGGCGUUUAUAGAAUUUUUUAUAACUCAAAUUCCACGUGCAAAGAAUUCGUAUGCUAAUGCACUAGCCAACCUUGGGUCGUCAAUCCAGACCACUCAAGGACAAUCUAUCCCUUUGGUCCACUUAAGGUGGCCUUCGAUUAGAACCAAAGAGGAUUUGGAAAAACAGAGCAAUAUUGAAGUCUUCCCAGUCGGUUCAGAUCCGACAUGGAUGACUCCAUUCAUCCAGUAUAUUACCGAAGGUCCUUUGUUACGUUGCAUCAACCUAGAGCAAUCUCAAUAUGUACUCGCAAAGUUACAUGAAGGAGAAUAUGGUAACCAUUCAGGGGGCAGAAGCCUAAUGCAUCACGCAUUAACAACUGGGUACUAUUGGCCAACGAUGAGAUCAGAUGCAAUUGAGUAUGUGAAGCGGUGUGACAAAUGCCAGAGAUUUGCUCAUAUCCCUCAUCAACCUCCUGAGAGACUCACUCUAAUUGUUGCACCCUGGCCUUUCAUGAAGUGGGGAAUGGAUAGAGUAGGCCCCUUACCUAAGGCGUCAGGGCAAUUUAGGGUGCCCAAGGAGAUUGUGACUGACAAUGGGCCACAAUUUGCUAGUCAUAAAUUUCAGGAGUUCUGUGCCAAUUGGGGAAUAAGAGUAGACUUCGCAACUCCAAGGCAUCCACAGUGCAAUAGCCAAGCUGAAGCAUCCAAUAAAACAUUGAUUAAAACUCUGGAGAAGCGCUUGGAGAAGGCUAAAGGAGCUUGGACUGACGAGUUGCCAGGAUUGAAUUGGCAAGAAUUAAAUUAUCAGUUGGACACAAUUGAUGAACUCAGAGAUCGGGCGCUUACAAGAACAAUGACGUAUUAUGACAAAGUAGCUAGAUACUUCAAUAAGAAUAUUCGCACCAGGGCAUUUGAAGAAGGGGAUAGAGUGCUCUAUAAGGUUUUUGAGAUUUCCAGAGAAUUGAAUGCUUGGAAGUUGGGUCCAAACUGGGAAGGACCGUAUCUGAUUGACAAAAGAGAUCUAGGAAGGAGUCCUGAAGUAUCUGGGUGUCCUGCUCCAUGGCUCGCAUUUCAACUACCUCAUGGAGUUGGGACAGCGAACUCCCAGUAG